CACAAAGCGCACUCCCCGCCAAUCACAAACGCGGCUACAAUCAUCACUGUUGCGUGACGUCAGCGCAGCAGACAUACCAUAGUGUUUGACGCUACCUUCCCUCAUUACCGUCCUUGCUGCUCGCUACCUCCUGCCUCUCGAGUCUCGACGCUCACCUUUCCCCUGGCCAUGUUCGCCGCUCUUUCCCCCUCCCUCGCGCUCUCGCGUUCCUCGCACCUCCGCGCGCCGUUUUCUUCCAGUCAACUAUGCGACACAUGGCGCGCGGCUUUCCAAAAUAAUCCGCUCGCGUCGCCGCGAUUCGCGGCCCGUGAUUGUUGUUUGUGGAGGCUACCACGGCGCGGAACGGCAGCCAAAGCGUCCGCUACGGACGGCUCGGGCGGGCAGACGGCAGUGGGUGCCGGCCGAAACGGCGCCUCCGCCACUGCUGCCGGCCGCGAUUUGACGGAAACCGGCAGUUCUGCCGGCGGCGAGCGGACGGUGCGGCUGACGUCACGCGGAAUCGUGUGGGCGGACGACGAGGUGGAGCGCGCGCUGACGGCCGCGCGAAAGCGGAUCGGGCCGCGCCACGUGGACAUGAUGACGUGGCGGCGCGCGAUCCACGCGUUCCCUGAGCUGGCGUUCCAGGAGGAAAAGACGGCGGGAAUGGUGGCAGCAUUGCUGGAAGAGUGGGGGUAUGACGUGGAUAGGAGCCUCGGGAGUACCGGCGUGGUGGGCACGCUGACAGUGACAGGCGGAGGGGGGGAGGGCGGAGAGGAGGAGGGGGAGCUUCCGCCAGCCAUCAUGCUGAGGGCGGACAUGGACGCGCUGCCAAUAGAGGAGGGCAACGAGUUUGAGCACCGGUCGAAGCGAGGCAACACCAUGCACGCAUGUGGGCACGACGGCCACACGGCCAUGCUGCUGGGAGCAGCUCGCUAUCUGGCAGAGCACCGCCCGUUCUAUGGAAGAGUGCACGUGGUGUUCCAGCCGGCGGAGGAGGGCACGCCUACGGCCAACGAGUACGGGCGGGAGGGCGGAGGCGCUCUGGCCAUGCUGCAGGACGGGCUGCUGGAGAAAUACCCCGCCCGGGCGGCGUUCGGCAUGCACAACUGGCCUGGCCUCCCGGUGGGUCGCUUUGCCGUGCAUUCAGGCCCGGUGAUGGCAGGAGUGGACAACUUCCACAUCCAAGUCAACGGCAUCGGCUGCCAUGCUGCCAUGCCGCACCUGGGUGGGGGCAGCGACCCUGUCUUGGCUGCUGCUUCCUUGGUUACAAACCUGCAGGCGUUAGUGAGCCGAGUGCUGGACCCCCAUGACAGUGCGGUGGUGAGCGUGACUCAGAUGCACGCUGGGGACGCCUUCAACGUCAUCCCGCCCUCCGCGGAGGUGCGCGGCACGCUGAGGACGUACCAGGGGCAGACGAGGGAGACGAUGAUGCGCGGGAUCGAGCGCAUGGCGAAUGGGGUCACUGCUGCCCAUGGCUGCACAGCAACGGUUCGUUUCUGCGACCACUUCCCAGCGACCAUCAACACGCGGGGCGAGGCGGAGGAGGCGGCAGCGGCAGCGCGGGCGGUGGCAGGGAGUGCGCUGGUGGACUUUGACUCGCGGGCGCCCUCCAUGGGCGCUGAGGACUUUGGGUACAUCCUGGAGCGCGUGCCCGGUUGCUACCUGUGGAUUGGGAAUGGGCCGACGGAAGGAGGGUGCAUGCUCCACAAUCCAUUGUAUGACUUCAACGACGACAUCCUCGCACUGGGAGCGAGCUAUUGGGUGCAGCUGGUUGUCAAUGCCUUGCCGCCUAGAAAAUAAAAACGCCACUACAACGAUUUGUAUAGUAAGCUUUACUACCACCUCUAAUCAAAAGUCAGAAGAGUUAAUAUGUAUUUGUAAGUACAUGAAAUAUGAAAACGGCGCUCCCACAGAAAAUCCGUG